AUUGUGUAUACUGCAUGGAAGAUGGCUCAUAGUAAAAAUAUUUUUAAAAAAAAAACAUAUAGUAUGUUGCUUAAAGUAUGAUAAGGAAAUAAUCAAGUGCAAGGAAUAUAUAAUUGAUCUAGAAAAAAGCAAAGGACCAUCUUGACAAACAAGGAAAUUUGUGAAAGCAAAAUUAAAGGGCAGACCUUUUUAUUCUUGGUGCUACUUUGCUAUUUUUGCUUUACCUGAGUAAAUAAAGAAGAGCAUUAGUAGAAGCUCAAAAAAUCUUCACUAUUCCAACCAAAUUUAAGAAAACAAUGCAAUGUCCUGAAGAAACAAUUGCAAGGUUAUUCUACAAUGUGUCAAGUUCCUUUCAACUCUUCCUCAUUUUCUCCUACUUCACUUCCAUUUUACUUGGCAAACUCUUCUACUUUCUUGGUGGAGAUCCAUUUUUCUGGAGGAAUCGAAACAGUGGAUAUGAGUUUGCUGAGUUUUCGGAUGAAGAAAAUGAAUAUAAUUAUCAUAAUGAUGCUGAAUCAGGGGAGGGAAAUGAUUUUCUAGCACACACAUUUCGCGAAAAUGGAAAAAUUGAAUACAACUUAAAUAGCAGCGUCGCUGAUGAAGGAGAUUCUGUUUACGCAACACCAGAUUCAGAAUCUGUUCAUGAUGACGACCACGACAAUGAAGAGAAGAUUCUCAACUCGGAUUCAUACAAUUGUGAUUUAGACACGACAGAUAACGACAUUAAUCAUGGGAAACUUUAUAGGAAAGUCAUGAAGGAAAAGAAAGUAAAGAGGAGUAAUAAGUUUUGUAGAGAGGAGAAUUUCUUGGUUUAUGCACCAGCUAAGUUGGAGAGCAAGAGAUUCCAAUUCCGAAAAAAGGAGGAUAAUAAUGUUGAUGAAAUAUUUGGAGAUUCUUGUAGUGUUGGUUCUACUUCUCGAAGCUCCAUUAAAGAUUCGGGUACUGAAGAAGAAGAUCCGUUUUCUUCUUCAUCAUCAAGACGAAGUUGCCCCAAAUGGGAAUCUUACACUGUCUUCCAAAAAUAUGAUGAAGAAAUGCUGUUUUUAGAUAGAAUCAGCAUACAAAAACUCCAUGAAACAGAAUCACUAAGAUCCAUUCAAUCAUGUCCAAGAUCAAUAUCAGACAGGAUUGUUCAUAAAUUGACAACAAACAACAGGAAGUCCUCGGAUUUUCGACACAACCCUUAUCACGAACUGGAGGCUGCUUAUGUAGCACAGGUAUGCUUAGCAUGGGAAGCACUGAGCUGGAACUACAAAUACUUCAAAAGCCUAAGAGCUUCCUGUCCCGAAGGGGACCCUGGUUGUCCUGCUUAUGUAGCUCAGCAUUUUCAACAGUUUCAAGUGCUAUUACAAAGAUACAUUGAGAAUGAGCCAUAUGAACAUGGUAAGAGGCCUGAGAUUUAUGCCAGAAUGAGAAGUUUAGCUCCAAAGUUGCUUCAAGUUCCUGAAUAUCGAGAUUCGGAUGAAGAAAAAGGAGAGGAAGAAUUAUGGUCGAGAAUAUCAUCAGAUGCAUUUCUUGGAAUAAUGGAAGAAGCAAUAAGAACAUUUAUGAAAUUCCUCAAAGCAGACAAGGAGAAUCCUUGCCAAGUUCUGAUGACAGCUUUCUUUAGGAGAAACAAAAGAGGCUCCACUGACCUUACUCUUCUCCUCUUACUCAAGAAAGUUAACAGAAAGAAAAAGUCAAGGGUGAAGGAUAUUGGCCGGUCAGGAAAAUGCGGCUUGGCGAAAAGGAGAUUAAAAGAAGAGGAAGAGAUGGAGAUAUUGAUGGGAUUAAUAGACUUAAAAGUGGUGUCAAGAGUACUAAGAAUGAGUGAAGUGAAUGAUGAACAAUUGCAUUGGUGCGAGGACAAAAUGAGCAAAGUCAGAGUUUCAGAUGGCAAAUUAUUCAGAGAUGCUUCACCAUUGUUCUUCCCAGCACCACAUUAGUUGAUCAAAUUACUUUAAUCAUGAACAUGUUGUUUUGUAAAUGAUCGUACUAGGAAAAGAGAAAUAAAAAGAAGGGGGUGGGGUUAAGUAGCCAUGCAGAGUUAAAGUUGAUUGCAUGUGGGGAUGACAAAAGAUAUAUUCAUGAAACAAUUUUGAUAAAUAUAUUGGGUUAUAAGCAAAGGGAAAGGAAAAAAGAUGGAUGAGCUUGACAAGUGUAGCUUUAUUGUUUAUCCGAGUUUGAAUAAAAAGACAAAGCUGCAGAUUAUGCACUAGAAUUAAAG